CUAAAUUCUAGUUAAGUGUAUACGGCAGUGAUCAUGCGCUCCAGUGCGCAUGACCAAAAUUUCCACGAAUGUCCAUCACUGCUCCGAACAGUGUCCUUUCACGAAAAGAAGCCACAGCGUGUUUACAUCCCCACUCUUGCUGCAGCCCGCUGAUUGGCUGACCUCGUCACAGUUCUCGACCAAUACCUGUGAGUCAGUGGGCUGCAACAGAAGUGGGGAUUUGAACACGCUGUGCCUUAUUCUCGUGGAGGAAUGGUACACGACACGUAAUAUCUUUUGACUUCCUAAAUAAAUUUGAUGAAUGAAAGCAACAUGUCUGUGAGGAAAAUCUUUUCGUUGGUGUUUAUCAGGAAGGCAACAGAGGUUUUAUUAGGUUUAAAAAAACGAGGAUUUGGGAAAGGUAAAUGGAACGGUUUUGGCGGUAAAGUGGAAGCAGGAGAAACAAUUCUUCAAGGAGCUAUUCGCGAGUUGCACGAAGAAUGUGGUUUAUCUGCGAUAGAUUUGAAGAAAAUUGGUAUCUUAGAAUUCGAGUUCGAAGGAGACGAGACUCUGCUAGAAGUUCACGUCUUCGAGACGUACCAGUACCACGGAGAACUAAUAGAAUCUGAAGAAAUGCAACCAAAAUGGUAUAAUUUAAAAGAUGUACCUUUCAAACAAAUGUGGCCGGAUGACGAGUAUUGGUUUCCUUAUAUGUUACGAGGGGAAUUGUUCAGAGGAUACUUUUUGUACCGAGGUCAGGACCUAAUUCUUACACAUAACAUUAAGAUUAUGGAAGAACUACCGGUAAAUCGUAUCCCUUACUAA